AUGUCAUUGCGUCAUGAUCUUACUUUGCAACAGAAAAUUGAAUUAAUUAAUGAUAAUAGGAAUGGUAAUGGUUUAUCUCAACGUGAACUAGCUGGAAAAUAUAAUAUUUCACUUGGUUCUGUGUUAAAUGUAUUAAAACGUAAAGCAGAAUAUUUAAAUGAUUAUGAAACAAAUCAGAAUCAAAAUGUUAAACGAAAAUUAAUGGAUGUUAAUUCACAAAAACUCAAUGAAGAAGUAUAUGAAUGGUUUGUACAACAACGUUCAAAAAAUAUACCAAUAUCAGAACCAAUUUUACAAGAAAAAGCACGAGAAAUAGCUGAGUUAUUAGAACAAGACAACAUUUCUUUUCGUAUUAUUAGCGGCGAAAGUUUAUCUGUUGAUAUUACAACUGUUAAUGAUUGGAUUCAACCAAUACCAAAAAUUACUGAUGGUUAUGAUUCAAAAAAUAUGUUUAAUUGUGAUAAAACAGGACUAUUUUUUGAAUUUAUGCCUGAUAAAUCUUUAACAUUAAAUAGAGAAGAAUGUAAAGGUGGUAAAAAAUCAAAAGAACGCUAUACUAUUUUAUUUUGUGUUAAUUCAACUGGUGAAGAAAAAUUAAAACCACUGGUAAUUAAUAUGUACUCUAAAAGUUUAAAACCACGAUCUUUUAAAAAUUUAAAUGUUAAUAAACUUCCAGUAGAUUGGCGAGCAAAUAAAACAGCAUGGAUGAAUGUUAACAAAUCGAUACUUCAACCAUUAGAUCCAGAUAUUAUACAUGCAUUUAAAACACAUUAUCGUAAACAUUUAGUUAAACAUAUAAUAGCACGUUGUACAACAGCUCAAACAUCAAAUGAUAUUAAAGUUACACCUUUAGAUGCUAUUUACUGGAUUGAUGCAGCAUGGAAAGCUGGUACAGAUACAACAAUACGAAAUACAUUUCAUGCAGCUGGUUUUAAAGAUAAACAACAUGAUGAUACAAUAACAUCAUCAACAGAUAGCACAAAACCAAUGUAUGAUGAACCACAUAAAGAUUUAAAAAUAUUAAAUGACCUAUUAGAACAUGUCACAAUUGGUGGUCAAACACUGAAUGCAGCUGAUUUUGCUGAUGAUUACGAUGAUGAUGAUCGAAUACCAACAGAAUCACCACCAAAAAUAAUGGAAGCAAUGGAAAUGAUAAGAAAAUUUCACUUACUAACAACAACACAACAACCACAAUUACAUCAAUUAAUUAAUCAAUUAGAAUCAAAAUUAACGGAUGUUUAUAUUAAUUCAAAAACAAAAAGACAAACGCCAUUAGAAGAUUUUUUUUCAACAAAACUAAAUCCUGUCUUGUAUUUAAAAAUUUUUCAACAAAAAACAUUUAAAUGA